AGCCUCGCCGCGAUGCAGAAGACGGCGCAGUCCUGGUUCACCGGCGGGACGGCCUCCUCCGGCACCGCCGCGGAGUCGCAGCCCUCCCUCCUCGCAGACUGGAACUCCUACGCCGCCACCCGCUCCGACGCCUCCUCCUCCUCCCCGCUCCCCUUCGACAUCGAGGCCGCCGUCCGCACCGCCAACGACACCGUCUCCGGCACCUUCAGCGUGGUGAGCAAGGGCGUGCGGGACCUGCCGGGGAGCUUCCAGGGCGCCACCAGCAGCUUCCCGUCCGGGAAGGCGCUCAUGUACUUCGGCCUCUUCCUCGCCACCGGCAUCUUCUUCGUCUUCAUCGCAUUCACGCUCUUCCUCCCCGUCAUGGUGCUCAUGCCGCAGAAGUUCGCCAUCUGCUUCACGCUCGGAUGCGCGCUCAUCAUCGCAUCCCUCUUCGCGCUCAAGGGACCCGCCAACCAGUUCGCCCACAUGACCUCCAAAGAGAGGCUACCGUUCACCGUUGGGUUCACUGGAUGCAUGGUUGGCACAAUUUAUGUCUCUAUGGUGCUUCACAGCUAUUUUCUGUCAGUGAUAUUCUCGAUCCUUCAGGUUCUGGCUCUUGCUUACUACACCAUAUCCUACUUCCCUGGAGGCUCUAGCGGACUGAAGUUUCUCUCUUCAAGUCUCCUGUCUCCAGUAUCAAGAAUUUUUGGCUGAUAACCUAAUUACAACCAAAAUGUACGUUAUGAUCACACACGUACCCUUGUAAUUUGUGAAAUAUUCUGUACUUAGUUGCUGAUAGACCCAUUAUAGAGCUAUGAGACAUGAUGACCCCCUCCUUUGCUCUCACCUGGGUACUACAAUUAGAUGACACAUGUUGGACAUGGAGUAAAACCGAGUUUCUUGAGCUGCUGUAUCUGAACUUCCCUUGUAAGCUUCUCUUGUGGAAAUCAAAGUUGUUAGUACUGAGUUAAAGGCCAAAGGUAUCGCCGAAGCCAGGUUAGCUUAGCUCAUUGCAAGACGUGUAGUGUUU